GUGGAGUCGGCGUGGAAGCGGGCGCGGCCCGGGGCGCGCAUGGACUGGAUCGUCCUCGCGGCCCGUCGGGGUAGUCGGCCUGCCGGCGGCGGCCGCUCCGGAGUCCCGGCGCUGCGCCCCGAGCCCGGUGGCUGCGCUCAGGAAUUGUAACCCCGUUCCCGGGCCCUGGAGCCUUGGAGCAUGCUGGCAGGUGGCGGCAACCUGUAAUGCCACGUAUGUUGAGGGUCAGCAUUGAGGAUGGAGGCCCAGAAACAAUCCAUACAUUGGGUCACGGGCUGUGCGGGAGCCGAGGGAGGCCUAAGCUGGUGCAGCCUCUGCCCUGAUAACUCUCCUCCCAUGACCCUCCCACAGAUGGCCACGACGACAGCAGCACUUGCGGAUGGUACCCAGGCCAGUGGGACCUUCGACGAUGUGGUCAUUCACUUCUCCCAGGAGGAGUGGGAGUUCCUUAAUCCCGACCAGAGGCACAUGUACCUCAGUGUGAUGCUGGAGACCUUUGCACUUUCAACUUCCAUAGGUUGUGGCCAUAGAGUAGAAGAUAAGGAGGCAUCUACACAGAAUGCUUCUGAGGAAGGCACGUCGCACGUGAGGACUCCAUGGGCAGAGCUGCCUACUCAGAAGCCUCACCAGUGUGACACCUGUAUCCUGGCUCUGAAAGAUAUCUUUCAUUUGUCGGAUCCACCUGUGCAGAAGCUGUACCUGGCUGGGCCGUGUGCAAAGCCUCCCCAGCACCAGAAGCUCCACACUGGGAAGAAAGACUUGAAGGAGGAUAUGGACAGGGAUUCACUCAGGAAAAGCCGGGAAUUGUGUACGCCAGGGAAGCCCUUCCACUGUGAGGCUGAUUGCAAGAAUUUCCCGGCUUCACCAGACCAGGUCUUUCAUCAUGGUGAGAAUACAAGUAACUCUGAGUUUGGGGAACCCUUUGGCCAGAAAGACAGUCAUUACAAGCUGUUUAAACGCAAAAACACUUCCAGUCACAGAAAUGCGGCUGUCCAUAAUCUGAAGGUCUGUAGUGGAGUGAGUCAUUAUGAGCAGAGCAAGUGUGAGAGCCUGAGGCCGGGCGAGCACUCACAUGAUCACCAGGGAGGGCGUGCUGGGGAGCGGCCUUACAAGUGUGGAGAAUGCGGCAAAUUCUUUAAGCGAGCAUAUACCCUGGCUGUACACCAGAGAUCCCACACCGCAAAAGUGUCUUAUAAGUGUAAAGGAUGUGGAAAAUCCUUUAAGCAUGUGAGUAGCCUUAAUAUACACAAGACAACCCACACUGAAGAACGGCCUUUUCAGUGUGGAGAGUGUGGGAAAUCCUUCAAGCGUGUGAGUACCCUUAAUGCACACAAGAAAAUCCACACCGGUGAGCGGCCUUUUCAAUGUAGAGAGUGUGGCAAAACGUUUGUACGGUUGGGUUCCCUCACUGUACACCGGAGAGUGCACACGGGAGAACGGCCUUACUCCUGUAGAGAGUGUGGGAAAUCCUUUAAGAACAUGAGCGCUCUCAGUGUCCACAAGAGAAUCCACACUGGUGAGAGGCCUUUUGAAUGUAGAGAGUGUGGCAAAACGUUUGUACGGUUGGGCUCCCUCACUGUACACCAGAGAGUGCACACUGGAGAACGGCCUUAUGAGUGUGGAGAGUGUGGGAAAACCUUUGCCUGCGCAAGCACCUUCAUGAUACACCAGAGAAUCCACACCGGUGAAAGGCCUUACACUUGUCAAGAAUGUGGGAAGUCAUUUAAAAAAAGGGAUGUCCUUAAUACUCAUCAGAGAGUCCACACUGGAGAGAAACCUUUUGAAUGUAGUCACUGUGGGAAAGCAUUUAAGCGAAUGGCUUCUCUUAAGGUACACGAGAGAACCCACACUGGAGAAAGGCCCUUUGAGUGUAAAGAAUGUGGGAAAUCCUAUACAGGAAGAUACGCCCUUUUGGCACACCAGAUGCUCCACACGGGAGAAAGGCCUUAUGAAUGCAGAGACUGUGGGAAAGCAUUCAAGCUAAGUGGGGCCCUAACAGCACACAGAAAGAUCCACACUGGAGAGAGGCCUUAUGAAUGCAGAGAAUGCGGGAAGUCAUUUAGAAAGAAAUAUGGACUCACUGUGCACCAUGCAAUCCACAGGGCAGAAAGGCCUUAUGAAUGCAGAAAAUGUGGGAAAUCUUUUAAGCGAGCAACAGAUGUGACCAUACACCAGAAGGUCCACACUAGAGAAAGACCAUAUGAAUGUAGAGAGUGUGGGAAAGCAUUUAAGCGGAUGGCUUCUCUUCAGAUACAUAAGAGACUCCACACCGGAGAACGGCCUUAUGAAUGUAGAGUGUGUAGGAAAGCCUUUAAGAGGUCAACUGAACUUACUGAGCACCUGAAAGUCCACAGUGGAGCACGGCCUUAUGACUGCAGAAAAUGCGGCAAGUCCUUUAAGCGAGCGGCUGAACUUACUGUGCACCAGAGAGUGCACACUGGGGAGCGGCCUUACAAGUGUGGAGAGUGUGGGAAGUCCUAUAAGCAAAGGGGUGUCCUUAUCGUGCACCAGAGAAUCCACACUGUAAAGCCUUAUGAGUGCAGAGACUGUGGGAAGUUCUUUACACAAAGAGGUGACCUGAAUGUACACCAGAGGGUGCACACUGGAGAAAGGCCUUAUGAGUGUGAAAAAUGUGGGAAGGCAUUUAAAAAGAGACAUGCGCUUAAUGUACACCGUGUCACCCACACCGGAGAAAGGCCUUUUGAGUGCAGACAGUGUGGGAAAUCUUUUAUUCAACGCUCCCAUCUUACUGUUCACUGCAAGAUUCAUGCUGGGUAAAAGUCUCACAAACUCAGUGAAUGUGCAGAAGCUUUUGGACAUAGAAGUGAUGUGGGUUCAUUCACCAUGUUAUCAGUGGCCAGUGUGGAAAGGGUUGGUUUUUAUGAAAGAGCUCACCUCAUUGUGAAUAGGGAAGUUCACACUUAGGAAAGGGAUUUAUGAGUGUGAAGAAAGUAGGAAAGUGAUUGGGCCCCAAACCAGUGUAGUUCAUCACCAUAAAGUUUACAAUGAGAAAACUAUGAUUGUGGUCAUCGUGGGAAGUUCUUUAACCAAGAUCUUGUGUCAUGAGAGUAAGACUUUAUGAGUGAAGCAAAUGUAGGGUGUCUGAGUCUCCUUUUCCUUUUUUCCUGUUAGUUGUGCAAGGGAGAGGGUUCUAUGAGGACAUUUCCAUCCAUGUUCAAAGUGUAUCCCAGUCAACUUCUUUCACCCUUCCCAACCCACUACCCCUUAAAAUACUUUGAACAGAUUUCAUUGUUCUAUUUUUACACAUGAAAAUAAACACCUUUGUUUGGCUUCCUUUUACACCACAGGUGGUUUUGGG